AUGUGUGCCUGCGACAAUCUCGAGAAGAGGAGAUUCAUGGACAAGACGCGACAACGGAACUUUGCCAGCAAGAGGUCGCGGACUGGAUGCCGGACCUGUCGGGCCCGCCACGUCAAGUGUGAUGAAGCCCCAGGGGCCUGUGGAAAUUGCACGUCGAGUGGUCGCUCCUGUGAUGGCUACGACCUGCAACGGCUGCCGCCGCCGGCGAGAUCCAGCAGAAAGAAGACGCCCUGGAGUCGGCUGCUCCCCGAGGUAGGCGGUGGUAUUCGCUGGAUCACGAAUACGGAUGAGCGCCGCUGCUUCUCCUACUUCCAGUACUACACCGUCCCGACACUUUCGGGAUUUUUCAAUUCAGUGUUGUGGGAAAAGCUCGUCCUGCAGAUGAGCUAUGCCGAACCCGCCGUGUACCAUGCGGCUGUGGCGCUCAGCGCCAUUCACCAGGAUGUCGAGAUGCACGGGAUGCCCUUGCCCGGACAGGAGCUGGAGCUCUACAACACCUGGCAUCGAUUCACCAUGGAACAGGCCGGGCGGUCGUUCGCCAUUCUCAAUGAACGCCAUUUCUCACAAGACCCGCGUCUGCGGGAGGUCAUGUUGCUAUGCUGUCUCUUGUUCGUGCUGAUGGAGCUACUACGCGGGCGAUAUGAUGAUGCCUUUCAGCACCUCGAGGGUGGCCUACGGAUAUUGAACGAGCUGAAGGCUCAGAGACAGCUCGUCUCUUGGGCCCCGCAUGAAUCACCGGUGGAAGAAGCUCUCGUCGCCGCAUUCGCACAGUUGGACAUUCAAGCCGCGAGCUUCAAGGUUGGAGGACCGAUCUUACGCAUCGAAGACGAGCUGGACGUUUCCGCCACCGAGGACUAUCUGUUAUUUUCUAAUGUCCGUGAAGCACGCCGUGCCAUCGAGCCCCUAUUAAGUCGUGCCUUCGGCUUCCUCAUGGACUGCUGGUCCAAGCCCGACAAAGAAAUAAUAUGCCACUAUAAAGGGCUACAGCAGGAACAACAAAAGCUAUUCUCCGAGUUGAACCACUUCUCAUCACAAUUCGACGCCUUCUAUAAUUACUCAUAUACGCGACUGGGUCGGAAAGACCAACGAGGAGCAGAUAUGAUCAACAUCCUCCGACAUACCACAUCCCUUUCAAUCCGAACGUCUCUCAUCCGAGACGAGGUCUUACUGAGUCAAUACCAGCCCGAGUACAAAGCCAACCUCGCUCUCGUAGAAGCGGUAAUGUACAAGUUCCGAGAGCGUCCCAACUACACCUUAGAUAUGGGUGUCGUUCCCCCGUUAUAUAUCAUUUCCAUUGGCUGUCCCGAUUACAGCCUGCGCUGGCGGGCGAUCGAGCUGCUUCGGUCUUGGCCGCAUCGCGAGGGGGUCUUUGACUCGAACUGGGCAGCGUUUAUUGCAGAAGAACAUAUCAAGACUGAGUUGCGGUUGCAAGGAUUUCAUGGGAUUGAUGGGCUAUCGGCUUCUGCGCGAGAUAGUGGGAGCCCGACGAGUUCGGUGGCGUCGAAGGAGGAUUCAAAAACCGAGGGAAAAUUGGAGAAGGGGCGAUGGUCCACUUUAGGACAGGAAGAAUAUUCAAUUGAACAGGGUCUGGAAAAAACGAAAUGUAUGGAGGAUUGGCCUUGCGUGCAGUCUCUUAUGGCUGCGAGGCGGAGAUGCACGUUAUGA